AUGGCUGAGAAACUAUUGGCACAACAGGUAGAGGGAACCAUAACCGCCAUGGUCUACUCCUCUAAUUCUCAGAUCUUUGCCUACGGAACAGCGUUUGGAAGUAUUUUCAUACGGCAGAUCGUCCCAGGUGAGGAGAUUUCGUCGAGCAUUUCGUUCGACGAAGAUGAAUUUGACUACUAUAACAAGUACUUUCCAGGAACACAGCUUCUCUUAUCCUGUAAGGCUAAUAAUGACGCCAUACGGGCUCUGAAAUGGCUGGAUGAUGUGACGCUGAUCUCCACUGACAGCGGAGGAGGCAUCAGUAUCACUCAAAUAGUAGGGACCAGCGACAUAGAAGAGUGUGCAGAGAAGCUUGUUGCCACUGCUACCACUGCAACCGAUUUCAGAGGACGCGAUGAUCCCAUUUCCGCAUGCACCUUUGAGGUUAUUCUAAUGAAGAAGAGGCUUUGUAAGCAUCCCAUCUCCUGCCUCGAGGUCUUCGUCUAUCUGGAGCAUCUGUACCUCGCUGCCGGCGAUGAUGAGGGCUAUGUGCAUAUUAUUAAUGUGUGCAACAACUACUCCGACCUGAAGAUACUACAGUCGUUGGGCGACGCGGGGGACUACAUUACUGGCUUUGCAUGGUCAGAGUUUCAGUCCAAGCUAUAUGCGUCGUCAGCUGACGGCACGCUGUACUGUUAUGAGAUCGGGAAGGGUAAGAACAAUAGCAAGUCUAAAAGAGGUGCAGACCAAGACCCUAGUCAGGACAUCGACAUCCUGAACGGUGAUCACAAUGACCGUUCAUCAUUGGUUCGAAAAAUGAGCAGAAAGCAGCAGUAUCCCGUCUUUCGGUUGAAGGACAACUCAUCCCCCGAGGAAUUUAGCUUGACAUGCAUGAUAAUGGACCCAAACGAGCGCUAUAUCUAUUGCGGUACAUCUGAAGGCAGUGUCCUGUUGUUCUCGGUGCUAGACAUCGGUCUCCCAGUGAAUAAGUUGAGGACGACAUCGGAGAGCAUAGAGAGUGUCAUACGGUUGUACCGGAACUACUACUUGUUGGGGGCUAGUGACGGGGUGGUGCAUCUUGUUGGUUUGUACCCACCCAUACACUAUGGGGUAUUUUGUAGCGAGUUCAAAGGAGCAGUAUCUGUUAUGGAGCUAUCGGAAGAUAAGAGCCUGCUGACUAUUGCAGAGCACUUCAGUGAUGUUUUCUACAUGAUGGAUGCCAAGUGGGUGUACGAUUUGGUUGAGAAGCAAGAAGACCCGGGUCCAAUUAGUGAGGAUGAGCAAUGCUCAGAUUCGGAAGAGAUAGAUCUUCUCGACGAGGAAUCUCGUCACAAGUACGUCCGAGCUCCGUCUACAGACACCUCCGAUGAUCGCAAUGAUUCCACUACACCAAUACGAGAUGGAAUUCCCCAAAACCCAGAUUGCUCGGAUUCUUCAGACGGUGGCCCAAUACCGUUAAAGGGUGUGCUAGAGGCACCCCUAAGAGAUGAUGAACUUCCAAAGGAUGAAUCGUCCACAACAGACAGCGAGAUGGCGCAAUUCUUUAACAAGGUUAAGGCUUCAGCUCCCGAGCCCUCGCUGAAAACAACAAUACAGAACAAUACGUUUGACCGUAACAAGGUGAAAGCUAGGCGGCAGGCGUUUUUCGCUGACCUGAAAUGA